AUAUAUACGUCACCUUCUAAUGGAUUUCUCAUUUUAUCCCUCACCUUAAGUUCCCACUUCCUCCACCAACAAAGAAAGAAAAGAAAAGCUACCCAUUAAGCAUUAAGCAUUUUUCUUUCCACUAGCUAAGAGCUACAGAGAGAUAUGGCUCAAGAAUGCAGUGAGAGCUCUGUGGCUAUCUCUUCUUCUACGCCUUCUGCUGCUGCCGCUGCUGCUGCUGGGUGGUGGGAUCUUCAUCACCAUGCGAGCUCUCUCUCUUCAUGGACUAAUCAUAAUAUUAAUAGUUCCACUACCUGCAGCCCAUGGCACCAGCCAAACCCUAGUUCUAAUUCUUCUUGUGAAGAGGAUGUUUCCAUGUCUACGUCCUUUACUAAUGCUUCCAAUCACUCCGGGCUAACUGUUGAGUCCUCUCGCCGAUUCAUUGAACCUGCUGCUUCUUCUCCUUCCGAGUUCAUGGGAGAACAUGCUUCUGAUAGCCAACUAUGGAGUCAUAUUCUAUUUGGAGUUGGAAGCAAUGGGGAGCUACACAACAUCCAAGAUGUUGGAGAAAAUUUACUUGACGCACUAUCAUCCAAGAGUAUCUCAUCAGGGAUAUUCGAACCUGCAUGUGACUACUUGAAGAAAAUGGACAACAACUGGGAAUACACAAACGCCCCUUCCUUCACCAGCUUUGAUCAUAAGCCUAUUAACGGUUUUAGUACUGAUCAUCACAGCUUCAUUGAAAGUGAAAGGGUGACCAAGCUGUCGAACUUGGUACGCAACUGGUCUAUUGCCCCGCCUGAUCCAGGAGUAGAAGUCAGUCGCGAGACCAUCGAUCCAAUAACAUGCAACAUAUCGUUGAGUUCUUCUUUAAAUCACUACACGCAUCCGCAAACUUACAGCGAUUCUGCGUCGUUUGGGACGGGAAUGAAUAGAAAAUCUGGGUUUUUAUCAUGUUAUGGCCAUGAUCUAAAGGUAGAAAAUGAACAUCGCCAUGUUGAUAUUCCAGGUUAUAUCUUCAGAAGGUCAUUUAAUGGUAAUGGUAUCGGAAAUCAUAUUGGGCUUAGUAGCGGCUCGGUGGUGGCUGAUAAUAGCAAAUAUUAUCAUGGAGUGCCGGAUAAUACAUGCACAAGUGCAAGAACUUUCACCGAUGGUGCAGCUUUCAAUGGUCGAUAUAGCAAGCCAUUGAUUGAUAUUCAAGGGCCUAAACCGUUCUUUAAAUCCUUGAAUUUAUCAGACUGUGGAAAGCAAGGAGUUCAAAAUUCUUUAUCGACGGGAAGAGGACAGGGGAAUACAAGUGAAGGAAAGAAGAAAAGAUCCGAACACACUUCUGAGAUUGUCCUGAAAAAGCCUAAGCAUGAGAGCUCCACAGUUUCAUCUGCAAAGAUGCAGGUACCAAAAGUCAAGCUUGGGGACAGAAUCACAGCCCUUCAACAAAUUGUGUCGCCAUUUGGAAAGACUGAUACUGCCUCUGUGCUAUUAGAAGCAAUUCAGUAUAUAAAGUUCCUCCAAGAGCAAGUCCAGCUGCUUAGUAGCCCUUACAUGAAGAACAAUGCACACAAGGAUCCAUGGGGACUGGAAAAGAAAGAAAAGGGAGAUGUACAGCUCGAUCUAAGGAGCAGGGGUCUAUGCUUAGUUCCGAUUUCAUGUACCCCUCAAGUUUACCAUGAGAAUACAGGAUCAGAUUACUGGACACCCACAUAUAGAUCAGGAUGUCUGUAUAGAUGAAAUAAUUAACGUGUCCAUGUCUGUGUUUUGUCUUAAAUUCUACAAAUGUACGUAACUCCAUCAGAAGUGAUUAUGCAUAGUACAUCCAAGUGAUCAUCUAUAAGUUUUCUCAGAAUUAUCAUGCAAGAAAUGGUGACACUAAUUUUAGAUGAGCAAUUAGUUUUUUAUUAGAUUUUC